AUGACAGCCCCCCCAGAUACAAAGAAGCCCUGUAGACGAUGCAAGGCAGAAGACGCACCCUUGACCCUCCGGCAUGCCCCAAGCUGCACAAAAUGCUUCCUCAACUACAUUGAGAUCAAGGUGGCUAAGCGCUUCGGCUACCUCCACCACGAGACACGCACAUCCACCCAGCUAGAGCCCCGACGGUACGUCGCCGGCCUGUCGUUCGGCAAGUCCUCGAGUGCCCUAGCCUGCCUGCUAGACGAGCAGGCGCGCUUCCAAGCGAGCAAGAAGUCCGCAUCGCCGUUCGAGGUCCUCGUAGUCCAUGUGGACACAGACCUAGACCACAACUCCGACUCUGACUCGACCUCAUCAUCACCGGCCCGUCGUCUACUGUCCCGAUACUCAGGGGCCUUCCCCCACGUUGCGUUCGAGUGCGUCCCGCUCACCCAGGUUCUGAAUGUCCCCACCGUGGACUGGUCGGCUCUACCUGGCCUGCCACCCGGGGGACGAGUGGCAGCACGUCUCCGGUCCAUGUUUGACUCUCUGCCCUCGCUCACGGCAAAGGUAGACGUCAUGCGCCAUCUCGUGCGCCACCUACUCAUCCAUAUCGGGACCACGCGCGACUACGCCGCCCUCCUCCUGGGACACAACACCACCGCUCUAGCUGCCCUGACCAUGUCUGAGGUCGCCAACGGCCGGGGCUUCUCAGUCCCCUGGCAGGUCAACGACGGGCCAUGCACACUCACGACGAAGACAGGGGGCAGUGGGGGCAACGAGGUCGUUACUUAUCACGUACACUACCCCCUCCGCGAGACCUUUUCCGGUGAGGUGACGACGUACGUGUCGCUUGUGCCGUCGCUGGCCGCCGUCGUCGAGGAAGCCAAAGCAUACGGCGGCGACGGCUCUUCCUCUGCCGUUGUCUCCCACAAAGAUACGAGUAUCGACGACGUCAUGAGGCGGUACUUUGAGUCCGUCGAGGAACCCUACUCGGGCAUCGUAGCCAACGUCGUACGUACCACCGGCAAACUUGACAGGGUGCGCGGACAGACGCUGUGCGGGUUGUGUAGCGUCACGCUCGAUCAGCACGGUGACUCGCGAUGGGCCGGCGAGAUGGGAACUACUGGCGCGGACGAAGAGAGUCAUCCGAAUCGUCUGUGCUAUGGGUGCAAGAGGUCUGUUUACGGGUGCUGA